AAUAAAAUCCGAGCAUAUUCCUCAUUAAAACAAUCUAAGCGAUGUAAUGUCCCCAAUUAGCUCUUAGGCAGAGAGUAUCCAAACUGAUGAUGCCAAAACAUACACCAAUCAACUCUGCUCCAACUUAUGAAAAUCACAUCAUGUUACCUUCUUGAAAAUGCAAGAUGCAACUUGCCUUAAAAAAAUCAAUGCGAAAACCUUUUAAAUUUGGAGGACUUUUGAAAACACGUGUAUGUGGGACCAACCCCAAAUGUAAAUUGAAAGCAAGUUAUCGAGCCACCCAGAACAUCAUUUAAGCCUGAGAGUUAAUCGCACAGCCACACUACUCCUCUCCUUGUUUCCUCACAAAGUCAAAGCUACCUCAAAAAUGGUGAGACAUCCACUUAAACCCAACAAGAGCAACAAUACAAGAGUAAAGAAAGGCACCUGGAGUGCAGAGGAAGAUCAGAAACUCAUUGCUUAUAUCAAGAGAUACGGCAUUUGGAACUGGAUUCACAUGCCCAAACCCGCUGGUUUGGCAAGGACAGGGAAAAGUUGUAGGCUUCGGUGGAUGAACUAUCUGAGGCCUAACAUCAGGCAUGGAAACAUCACCAAAGGAGAGGAAGAUAUGAUUAUAGACUUGCAACGACUUCUCGGAAAUAAAUGGGCAGCAAUAGCAGCUAGACUUCCAGGAAGAACUGAUAAUGAAAUAAAGAAUUAUUGGAACACCCGUUUGAAAAAACGUGUCGGGAAUGGGAACAAGUUGCAAAUUUCAACCGCAGGUGAUAUUAAAGUUAAGCCUUCUCUUCCCACUAUUGAUACUCCGAAAAAAGAACCCAUUCCAAGAAUGAAUGCAAAUAGCUUGUGCACCUCUUAUGGAGUUCACUAUGAUGACAAAACCUCGGAGAAUAGGUGGUAUUCACCAUCCGACGUGACUGGCGAAGAAGAAAGCUUGUGGGAACAAUUCCUUGCGGUGAAAGAUUUUCAAAUUGCAGAGAAUUUCGGUGGCAUGUACAUGCAAUCGGGAGCUAAGGCCCCUGUCUUUGUGUGUAUGCAACAGGAGCUCGUGUACCACAGCGGUUCCUAUGAAGAUUUUAUGAUGGAUUUAUGGGAAAAAUGAUGAUCGCUGAAGGUACUCAGAUGAAGAGGUGCCAUAUAAUUACUUGUAGUUUCCUGUUAAGUUCCAAGGAAUGGGAAAUUGAUGUCAUGAGCGUUGUCCUUUCUGGAAUUGACCAUCGUUGUUGUCUUUUUCUAUCUCGUGUAUUUAUGUUAGACUACGUCUCAAAUUUGAGUUUGUAA